AUGACGUUGGCGAGCGAAGCUAGCUUAUCUGGAAUCCUGAAGUCCGAGUGGGACGGGUUACCAUGUAGCGGAAUUUGUAAACAGCGUUCUGUAAAAGAUCAUUGUGAAGCAAAGUUUUCGCGCUACUCGUUGUCCAGUAUAUCUCGACGGGGCGGGGCUGACUUCGAGACUUCAUCUGUUGACAGUACUGACUCGGGUUCUUUUGGAGAAAGCGAUGUCUCCCCGCUUCGUGCUAGUCAAUUUCGGGGGAGGGAUAAUAGGGGCAUCGGCUAUAUUCCAGAGAGAAUCUACUCAGCUACGAUCGGUGAGGAAGAAGAGGAGGAAACCAGCUCAUACUACUCAUCAGAUAAUAGCGCAGACUUUCAGCCACUUCAUUUUUCACUUGUGGUGAGAACCGGUCGCGCUGUAUCAGCUCAACCGGAAGCAGUAGUUUAUCAUACUGACGAAGAUGGUGACAGCUACGAAGGGACAAGCGUAUCUGACGAUUACUUUAAUAUUAGCAUAUGCCGUGGUCGUGCUCACCCCGCCCAAGGCUGUUUUCAAGAGAAGGUAUAUGAAGCUGUUGAGUCAGGGGAGCGAAUCCCCGGUACCACGCCGCCGGAAGAUCCACUUCAAACCACAUGCAUAAAAAAAUUGAUAAAGCGUUUGCGGGAUCCCGAUGUGGAGGUUACUCCGGAGGAGUUUGAAGAUGUUGAUUGGGAUAACCCUAGCUUUAAGGAGCAGUUAUAUCAUCUAAAACAGGUGGCAGCUUAUAUUGAAGCGAGGGAAAUGAAGCUGAAAACAGCUGGGAAUGACGAGAUGGAGGCUCUGGAGUGUAUCGAUAAACAAAUCAAAGAGGCUGUCAAUAAGAUUCCAGAGAUAACAAUAUCAAACGCGGUGUCGAAACACGAUGGGGACGCAGGGACUGUCGUGAGGAAGCAUUGCGUAAUGAGAGGAAUCACUAUACCAAUUGCUGUAAAUGAGUGGAUCGGGGGCACCUGUACUGUUGUCAGUAAGCCAGCUGGUGACUUGUUUUGUAGGGAAGGCUGUCCCGGCGACGUUAAAGAGUCGGUGUUGACUAUGCCGCAGAUCAGGAUGGUGGAAAGCCGCACAAAGGUUUUGCCAUCAGAAAAUAGGAGCUAUGCAUCGGUAAUGGUAACAACGCUGGCAGAGUCUCCAAGACACAUCCGUAGGAAGCGUGUGAAUAAAAACCAUGUUUCACAACUUGUGGAUGUUAUUUUUGAUGACUUUGCAGGUGAGAUUGUGGAGGAAGAGACGUCCGAAAUGCGGCGCCACCGAAGCGGUGGCGUCGCAUUGAAUGAACACCCCAACCAACCUGCUGAGAAGUGUUCGAGGAAAAAACGGCGGAAGCAUCCACCGAACCGUAAUAUAUCACUUCUUGAUGAUGUUGUGGCAAGUGAGUUGGAUUCGCUCAGCCUGUCCGUGAUUCGACAUGAAUCGUGUGACAAGAAGACUCUCUAUCCUUCCAAAAGGCGUCGCGCACACAAAGUCAACGAGCGUUCGAUUACAUUCUCAGAUCUUGAAGUUAAUGAAGGUUGUGAAAUUCCCGAAACGGCAGAAGACAUAAAGAUCAUACCUUCAUUAGGCACAAGAAACGCCACCAAAACCCCACGAAAAGACAGACAAGGACAAAGCCGUCGCUCAAAGAAAGGAGUGUCUCGCUCAAGUUUUUCGUUGCUGGAAGUUCCUGGCGAGUUCGCUGGGGAGAUUGAAAAGAGGGACAUCGUCUACAAGGUAUAUCCGACUAGAACAACACCGUGCAAAGGACAUGGAGAUGCAUCAAAAGAUUCUGUGUAUGUUGGCGUUCUCGGUGGUUCGAUGGAAAUUGGGGACAAGUAUUAUAGUACUUCACUCAAUCAUUCUGCGGUUGCCUCUUCAGAGAAAAAGAGAAGACGACACCGCCCUGAUGGACUUCGUAUGUCGCGUCAGUUGAAGUACUCGUUUGUGCCGGAUGAAGCAAUGAUUGAAAUAUUUGAGUUGGAUAGCGAAUCAGGGUUAGUUGGGGAAGACGCUACUCCUUCAGCAAAAGGCGGAGUAAUUUAUGAAGGUAGCGCAAGUAGUGGCCGUCGGCUGAUGAAUCGCUCCGGCUCCCUCGUACUACCUGAAAUAUCUUCCACCGGUCGCAGCAAGCAUUGUGUGGAGCCGAGGCGCGUGCUAAAUCGAUCGAUUAAUCUAACAAGACUGCCUGAAGUGGUAGGUAGCGAGCUCCCAGACACCGUAGUGGAUGGUGUGGAUACAACAAAAAGCGUAGGGGAACGUGCGUGA